AUGGCUCCUCAACUUCACCACCAGCCGCCAUUCCGCGCGGAGCAUUUGGGAUCGCUCCUGCGCCCGGAAGUGCUGCUGUCGACCAAAACGGCCUUUGAGGAGGGCAAGGUGUCCGAGGCGCAACUCAAGGAGGUCGAGGACAAGGAGAUCAAGGACAUUGCCGAGACGCAACUCAAGCUGGGUUAUGCGGCCAUUUCGGACGGCGAGUACCGACGCCACAUGUUCUGGGGUACUUUCUUCCCCGGCCUUGACGGGUUCGAGGAAGUUACCGAUUUCGACGCGGGCAUUUUCCGCACCUACGCCCCCGACAUUGCGGCCUUCCUCGAGGAGGGCCACAAGCCCGGCGAGACCGUGCUCUGCACGGGCAAGAUCAAGCACGUCGGCAGCACCUACGUCGACCAGUUCAAGUACCUCGCCAGCCUGGUGCCUGCCGAGAAGGUCAAGAACCUGAAGAUUACCCUCGCCGCGCCCAAUUGGUACCACCUGCGCUACCUUGAGGGCAAGGCGUAUCCGGCCGACGUGUACAGCUCGGACGAGGAGUACUUCGGCGACAUCGCCAAGGCGUACCAGGAUGAGCUGCAGAUCCUGUACGAUGCCGGGUGCCGCAACGUGCAAUACGAUGACCCCAACCUUGCCUACUUCUGCUCCGAGAAGUUCCUGGAGGGAUUCAAGAAGGACCCACUGAACAAGCACAGCGCGGACGUGCUGUUCGAGAAGUAUAUCAAGCUGUACAACGACUGCUUCGCCAAGCUGCCGGCGGACAUGCACGUCGGUGUCCACCUGUGCCGCGGCAACUUCGUCAACAGCCGCCACUUCUCCGAGGGCGGCUACGACCGCAUCGCGAUCAAGCUGUUCCAGGAGCUGAACGUGCACACCUACUACCUGGAGUACGACACGGAGCGGGCCGGCGGUUUCGAGCCCCUGAAACACCUGCCGCCGCACAAGAAUGUCAUCCUCGGCGUGGUGACGAGCAAGUUCCCCAAGCUUGAGGAUAAGGAGGAGAUGAAGAAGCGCGUUAUCGAUGCGGCCAAGUUUAUUGCCGAGGGUAACAAUAUCUCGCUGGAGGCGGCGCUGAACCAGGUUGGUGUUAGCCCGCAGUGCGGCUUUGCGUCGCACCGUGAGGGAAAUGCCAUUGAUCAUGAUGGCAUGAUCAAUAAGCUGAAGCUGGUUCGUGAUAUUGCCAAUGAUAUCUGGCCUAACCAGCCUUGA